AUGAGCACUGAGGAAAUGAGCAUUGAAGUAGUGAUGCCCGAUUGCUGCCAGCCGUCCAACUCGUCGGGUGUUCUCGAACCAUUUCACGGACAACCAAGACCCCACGGCCAGCCCCAUCCAACCUUGCAACAAGUAGACGCCCUUGCGCACGACGUUGAAUCUUUGCGUCGCAACCUGGGCGUGCACGACCCUCUGUUGAAUUGGCAGGUGUCCCGCCACGAGAUGAAUCUAUGCGACAUCAGGACUUGGUUUCCCAACGAUGACCAUGUUGCCUUUUAUUCUCCAGCCGCCAAAACAACGGAUAUUCCAAGUUAUGACCGCCUCACCUACCGCCAACUUCACAAAGCGUUGGACCAGUGCCCUUCUUUCGCGGCGAGUCCUACUAGUGAUACCAACGUGGCCAUUGUUCUACCCGUAGAUCACAUGGCUCACACAGCCAUGGCAUUGCUAUCCGUCAUUUCUGUGGGGGCCGUUGCUGUCCCAUUGGAUCCUCGUAUGCCGACUUUUCGGGUGCUAGAAGCUAUGCAGCAGCUGGAUUGUGCCGCAUUCGUCGCGUCACAGUCCAUUCUCUUGGAAGGAAAGCUCCCUCUCCUCGAAAAACAACCAGACGGAACCUACAAAACAAGUCCCGCACUGAUGCAAGAAAAUUCCACCGAAGAAAACAGACGACUUGUGGAAUACUUUACAAACGACGUUAAGGAGAUUCGCAUGGUGGACUGUGGCGUUUGCGGUCGUCUCGAUUGGACCAUCCUGGAAAAGACUGGAACAGGCGAUGAAGGGAUCGUUUGGGCUGUCCAGUCCUCAAAAUUGUCAAAGAACAGCCAGAAGGCCAAACAAACAACAAACCCGCAGAAAACAGCAAUGCUACUUCGAACCUCCGGAACCACCAACAAGCCCAAGGUGGUUCCCAUCUCCCAUUCUCAUCUUGCAUUCGCCGCUACGGGCAUUGCAUCAGCUCUUGCGCUCAAGCGGGACGAUUGCAAUUGCAACUCCAUGCCAUUCUAUCAUAUUGGAGGAAUCAGUGCAAACCUCUUGGCGGUCCUGAUCAGUGGUGGAUCUGUCAUCAUGGCUGGUCCACUGACUGAUCCAGAUGUCUUUCUAGAUCACAUCGAGACAACACCUGGGAAGGACGUGACCGCCACUUGGUACUAUGCUGGCCCUUCCAUGCACAAGGCAAUCCUAUUGAUGGCCGAAUCAAGGUGGGAGGCAAACUUCCGGUGCCUACCCAACAACCUUCGCUUUGUUCGCUCUGCUUCGGCACAUCUCAACCAUGACAUGGCUCUCAGGCUCUCCAGGGUAUUUGAGUGUCAAGUUAUUCCUACCUAUGGUAUGAGCGAAGCCAUGCCAAUCUGUUCUAGUGCACCCAUUGAUGUUAGAUUUCGCCCCCCUUGUGAGGUUAUUGACUCUGUGGGAUACUCUGUGGGCACAAGCAUCCGAAUCUUGGAUCCAGAAACUGAUGAAGUGUUGGAGUAUGGAUCAGACCAAGUAGGAGAGAUCUCUGUGAAGGGCCCUGGUGUCAUCUCUCAUUAUGUUGGUCUGGAUGUCACCAAGACUCACACACCUGAUGGUUGGCUCAAGACUGGUGACCGAGGCACGCUAGACAGGCAAGGCCGCCUCUUCAUCAAGGGCAGGAGUAAAGAGAUGAUCAAGAGAGGGGGAGAGCAGGUCUGGCCCAAUGAGAUUGAUGAUGUGGUUGAGAAGGUUGCAGGAGUUGCCACGGCUGUGACAUUUGGUGUCCCCAAUGAGCUGUGGGGAGAAGAGGUAGCUGUGGCUGUGGUCUUGAGUGAUGGUGACCAGAUUGACAACGAAGCUUACAUCCAUAACCUGGAGAAUCAAAUUAUGGAAACAUGCAGAUCCAAGCUUGAUGACUUGUCUAUGCCACAGCAGAUCAAGUUCCUUCCAUCCACAAGUUGUCUGCUCAAGGGCUCCACUGGAAAAUACAUCCGAUCCAAAAUGGCCUCUCAUUUGGGUAUCACUGCAGUAGAUACUGGGGCACUACGGGUGCUGGAGUCGGUCGGCCAGUUUAAGAAGGCUGCGAACCUGCCAGCAACUCCAACCACUGUUUGUACGUCGGCUUUCGAUGGCAGCAACAGUGAAAAUAACGAUGUGCCCUGGUGGGAUUCUACCAAUGAAGAUGGGCGGCGCGUGAUGCCUUCUGAUGCUCUCAAUGGACUUCGCUUUUUGGUUGCCUGUGUUGUGGUAGGAGUCCAUGUGGGACAAUAUCCGAAUCUUUCCUGGGUCAAGCUGCAAGCCUACCAACCGAACAUGAUGAUCUUCUUUGGCAUUGGAGGUUUUCAGAUUGCAUGCUCAGUGGCACGGUCGGUCAAGGAACGUUGGGCAAGCUUUGUUGGGAGCAAGAUUGGGAGCCUCCACACUCUUUUUGUCCUUGCCCAGCUGUUCACUCUUCCAUCGUACAUUCUCUUCUUUGCUUUUGAUGAGAAUGGCAACAUGAAAUGGGAUAUGACAGAGUGGAUAAAAUUUUCGAUCCAGUUCCUCUUUGCUACCAUCACUGGGAUGGGACACGGUUUUGAUGUCAACAAGUUCACUUGGUUCCAAUCUACAUUUUAUAUGUUCUUGAUCAUGUUUCCUUUCUUGGAUGAUUUCUUAAGGCGCCAAACUCUAAAGUGGCAAGGAAUUCUAUUGGUGUUGUUUGGAAUCCUUGCAGCUGGAAUUUGGGGUCUCCUUUACUUGAUUGUUCCUUCAGAUAUCUUUUGGGGUCCUCUGUACCCAGUAGGAUGGUCCAUUGUGACAUGGCUGCCUUUGUUGGUGGCUGGCAUGUUGGCAGCCUAUUUCUUCCGACGAAUCGCUGAGUACUACUUGAAACAGCGGAACAAGGACCUAGAGGAGCGGAAUGAGGCACAGCCUCAAUCAGAUGACCCAGACACACUUCUUGUAGAAGACGUGGCUGCAUAUUCCAAAAUCUGGGGCUGGGCAACAGAUGUGUGCAGUUUCAUCUUGCUGCUUUUUGCCAUUGCAGUUGCUGCAAGCCCAAACUGUCUAUGUGUCCACAAUGAUACCAUUGAAGCCAUGCGACCUGGGGAGCCCCUGCCAGAGGAAGAAUGUAGCUUCUCAGAUGGCAGAGAAGACUACCGAUGGAUAUGUGGCAUAACUCACGAGGAAUGGAUCAACGUAAUCCAGCCUGACCCAAACCACAUUGAAUAUGGCCGGUUUCCAACCAUGUUUGGUGGUGCUAUUGGAUAUCUCAGAACCAUUGCUCCCUUGUUGCUCUUUUGGAUAGCAGCAAUGGGCUUUGGCAAUGGCUACACUGCCAAGUUCUUCUCAUCCAGGAUCAUGACAAGGCUGGCCCCUCUUGGCUACCCUGUAUACUUACUCCACAUGGGAACUGCACGCUACUACUGGAUUGCCACAAGGGGUUGGGUGAAACAGGAUUGGUGGGAGCUUGGUGGGGAGAUUCCCUUUCCAGUGCAGUGUAUAUCAUUGGGUGUCAGAGUGUGCUCCUUUGUGAGCAAGUGUGUCAAAUGCAUCACAUGCCAGAAAGCACAGGAACAAGAACUUGAGAAUGAUGAUUCAUUUGAUGGUCAGAUCAAGGUUUCUACAUACAAUCAAGUCAAGACAAUGGUGCGAGGCUUGACUGGAGUGGAUGUGAAUAGGAGUAUCAAGCUCAAGUACUUGGGUUUGGACUCCCUUGGAGCCACAGCUUUACUUGGCAUGCUUCGCGCCUCUGUCCCUGCAGCCAAAAACCUGACAAUUCAACAGCUUCAAGAAUGUGAGACAGUUGGUUGUCUAUCUGAUUUCCUGGAUGAGUCUUCAUCAUUAAUAUCUGGCGACGACACCAGGCAAACGGGCUCUGGUGAUAUGGAAAGUGGAGACAGUGGGUCCUCUGAUCGUUCCAGCAACCACUCAUCGCCAUGA